AUGGAUCUGACAACAGCGUUCGAGUUCUCAUACGAGCUGCCCGACCUCUUCUCGCCCUCAGCAGGUCAAUCUCCGAGGUCAUCAGAUCGUCAGACCGAGCACUCCCAGGAGCCCACGGAGGCAGACUUGUUCCCAGAUCCUGCCACGCCUAGCGAGCCAAUCCCUCACUUGAUGAUAGACUUUCAGCGUCUUGCGCGCGACUACAUUUGGCAGCCCCAACUCUUUACGAUGGAGCGCUUCAUGCCGCUCAAACAUGUUGCCUGCCUCCGUCAUCUCAUCACGGACGAUCCCUGCGAACCCGCAACGGUUGAGUUGCUCGUCAAGACCCAUACUUACAUCCGAGCGUUCUAUGCCAAGUACAUCAUCUGGCGCGACGCAAAUCCUCGCAGCGGUCGCUACGGUCGACACCCCGGCGGCAAGACGUGGAAGCAGCUCACUCUCGUAGAUCUCGGCAAAGGCUUCGACUUUGUCCUCAUCACGCUCGGUCAUCCAAUCGCCGCCGAAGAUCUCGCGCAGCUUACGUGGCGAUGCGCUCUUCUGGCAAUGAAGCGAGAAGCUUAG